CUCGAUAUAUUCUCGAAUUCCAAAUUGAAACAGAUCUUAAUUACUAGACCACUAGUAAACAUAUUACCUCGCAUACAAAUUCGAAUCACCAACUUAGCCGCAGACGGAAAGCGUUGAACAAGCUGCAAACGAGGGGCAGCGAGGGGCAACAGAAAAAAAAAGUGGAAGAGAGAGGAUUACAAACAGCCGGAGAUGGAAGACGACCGGGCGCUCGUCGACCUCGGCGCGGCAGCAGACAUUGAGGAAGCGCGACUAGAAGUUCAUAAAGCAGAUAACGAGGCCACAAAAGAUGAGGCACCGACAACAAGGCAGCCAAAGCGGCGCUUCGUAGGAAGAAGAGCGGCAGAUGAGGCGGCGGCAGCAAAGGGAACAACAGAGGAGGGAGGCAGCGGAGCGGUUCAGACGGCCAAACCUCGACGAGCUCCACGACUGCUAAAUAGAGUCCCUCCCGAAAUAUCAGAAGAUCCCAACCUCAAGGAAGCCAUAGCGCUGCUGCCGGCCAACUACAACUUCGAAAUCCCAAAGACAAUACACCGAAUCCGAGAGUCGGGCGCGCGCAAAGUAGCGCUGCAGAUGCCCGAAGGCCUGCUCCUGUUUGCGACGACCAUUUCGGACAUUGUGACGCAGUUCUGCCCGGGCGUCGAGACGCUCAUCAUGGGCGAUGUGACGUACGGCGCAUGCUGCAUCGACGACUACACUGCGCGGGCGCUGGGCUGCGAUUUGCUGGUGCACUAUGCGCACAGCUGUUUGAUCCCCGUGGACGUGACCAAGAUUAAGACGCUGUACGUCUUUGUCGACAUCAGCAUCGACACGGCGCAUCUGGUUGCCUCGCUGGAGAGAAACUUUGCCAGCGGCAAGACGAUUGCGAUUGUCGGCACUAUCCAGUUCAACGCCACCAUCCACGGUAUACGGAGCGGCCUCGAGGCAGCCGGCUUCGGCGUUGUCGUACCACAGAUUGCGCCGCUCAGCAAGGGCGAGAUCUUGGGGUGCACAUCACCUCGUCUACGGGAUGAGGACGGCAUUGACCUGAUCUUGUACCUUGGUGACGGACGCUUCCAUCUCGAGAGCAUCAUGAUCCACAAUCCUGCCAUCCCCGCCUACCGCUACGACCCGUAUUCGCGCAAGCUGACGCGAGAGACGUACGGCCACGAUGAGAUGCAGUCGGUGCGUCGUUCAGCCAUCCAGACUGCCCGCAAAGCCCGUCGCUGGGGCCUUAUCCUGGGAUCACUUGGUCGCCAGGGGAACCCACAUACGCUGGCCCUGAUCGAGCGGGAGCUGGCCGAGCGCGGAAUUCCCAAAGUCGACCUCCUUCUCAGCGAAAUCUUCCCGGGUAAGCUCGCCAUGAUGAGCGACGUCGAAUGUUGGGUGCAGGUUGCGUGCCCGCGUCUGAGCAUCGACUGGGGUUACGCUUUCCCCAGGCCGCUCCUGACUCCUUACGAGGCGCUUGUGGCCCUGGGGAAGAGAGGGGGAUGGGGCAAAGAAGAGGGUGGUGAUGGCAUUUACCCUAUGGAUUAUUAUGGAAGAGACGGGCUGGGGAGAACGAAGCCGCUGGAGGGUGUUGCUGCGUGA